CCAAAGAUGAACUUGUGGCACAUUGUGAUCACUCUUUUCACCAUGAUCGCCAUGGCCGCUGCCAAGGGAAAAUUUGUCAUACGACGCCAGGAAUCUCUCGAUCAGAAGGAGCGUACAUCUGAAGCUCCUUCAUCAGGCGUCGAAUCCAAUGCCGCCAGUGAGCCAGCAUCUGAGGAUGCUCAAGCUACCAAAGAAUCCAAGGCCUCGGCGACGUCUGCUGUGGCGUCGGAACUUGAUUCAUCUGAGAUUGCUUCAGACGCACCCAAAUCGUCAGCAACGCUCGAGUCAUCAGCACGCGCUUCAUCAGAAGUUGUGCAAUCGUCAGAUGCUGCAUCAACUCAACAGAUUUCAACAACAAUCCCUUCCUCUACAAAGGCCGCAUCGAAAUCUAAAAAAGCAUCGACGAAAGUCACUUUGACAGCAGCGUCAUCUACGGAGUCAUCUGUAACAACUGGCAAAGUCUGGUCCGGCGCUGCGUGUUUCAGUACAACCAAGAAAUCCACUAGCUAUUGCAAGAUCACAACCAGCGGCAGUCACACUAUAACAGCAAGCUCAUGCACCCCUACCCACUACCUCUCGAGCACAUGCUCUCCCGGCCUCAUCUGUACGACGAACAUAGGUCGUGAAAAUAUCUGCAUGCACGUCAAGAGUAUUGAGACGAGUGGUGCGGUAAUUGGUAUUACCUUUCUUGCAGCUUUUGUUCUUGGG